UCAUUCCAAUUUUAGAUAUAAACAUAAAUUCAAAAUUGAGAUUGAACAUAGCUGUGAAGGAGAAAAAACUAAAGUAUGAUUUAAAAGUUUGAAAAAUCAAGGGGCAAAUUAUCAAGAAAAUAGUCUUGUAUGAAAAUAAUCGAAACUUAAUUUUUGUUCGUUCUGAGUUUUUAACGAUCUUGUGGAUAUCUAAAAUUAUUAAUAUUUAUUUAUGCAACUAAUUUUUUUAAUUUUAGCAUGUCAUCAACUUUGCAAGUGAAAUAGACAUAAAGAAUUUGACAUAUCAUGUCUUUGAAGUAUUUUAUUUUUUAAUGAUUUAAAUUAUCAAAAUUUUGUAGAUGAGAGGCUUAACUAUUAAUUUAACUGGAAAUUCAACAGAAGAGACAUACGAUUGGGAAAAGACUGUGUAUGACUAUUUUAUUCCAAAAAAAGUUGAGGAAUUGAAAACGACAACAGAAUUAGUGCCAAUUAACAAUACAACAGAAGCAACCAAUAUGACUACAACAAGGAAAACAGUACUUCCUCCAAAUGGGGAUGGUUUCGUUGAAAUAUAUGAUGAAGAAAAAGAGGGUGAGAAGAAAAAAGAAGAGAAGGAAGAAGACAAGGAGGAUGAAAUUAAGCAGGGAGAGGAAAAUGUUGCGGAAGGGGUCUAUUUUGAAGAGACUACUCAUUCAAAUGAUGAAGGCAAAAAAGAUGAAGAAAAUAAGAAUGAUGAAAUGAGUACAAGUAAACCGGAAGAAGUAAGUACCAAAAUUGAAGAAAUUAAUGAAGAGAAGGAGAAUAAAGAAGAGAAGGAAGAAAUUAAUGAGAAGCUUGAGGAGAAGCAUAAUGAAGAAAAGGAGGAGGGAGAGAAUGAAAUUAAAGAAGAGGAAGGAAAAAAUGGUAAUGAAAGUAAGGAUGAAAUAAUAAAUAAAGGAUAUGAAGAAGAAAAUGAGGAUGAGGAGAAAAAGAAUCUUAAAGAAAAUGAAGGAGAAAAUUAAUAAUUUUAAUAAAAAAUUGUU